AUGGACUCCUGCGUAAACAGGGCGUACUUCCCCCAAGCCUCGUGCACACAAAUCCAAAACCUCAUCGAGUCGUGCUUCGUUUUCCUGAUGAUGUUG